CAGAGGGACUGCGUGGGGCUGAACAGCGUUUUCCAGAGCCGGAAAGGGGAGAGGGCAGCGUCCUCCCAGCCGCAGAGGGCGGACACGGGCGGCGGGGACUCCUUUGUCCAGCGGAGGGAUUUUGGCCGUGCGACGAGGCUUGUGCCCGCUUCGGCAGCUCCCUCGCUUCCUAGGUGGACCUCGGUCCCCGCGGGCCGUGGGCCGGGACUCUGACCCCACCUGGGUCGCCGAGCGGCGUGGUUGUGCUCCUGUGGGACGGAUGAGGAGAUGAAGGCACACGUAAUUUUCAUGAACUUACUGGGUUGUCCAUGAAAAGAGCUAGGAUUGGGCAUGAGGUUCAUCUGAAAUCUAAAGAAGAAGCUGCCCUUUGGUGAAAAGGUCACCUCUGCCACUCACCCCCAUGAUGAUAACACUCUGUUGCCACAGACCCAAAACAACAGGGCCAAAAGGCCAUGGACUGAGAACUCCGAAACCACAAGCCCAAGGCUUCCUGAAGGCAGUGAAGCUUACUGUUAAUGAAGAUGUUCUGAUAACUGGUCACUCACCAGCUUUCUCCUGGGACAGUGAGUGAGCUUCCUCAGGUGAAAUGGAUCACUCGCUCUGGUGGAAGCUGUAUCAUGAGGACACUCAGCAGCUCUGAGUGGAAAUCUGUGGUGAGGAAAUGAGGCCUCUUGCUGGCAGCCAGAUGAGUACACUGCCUUGGAUGCGGGCUGCUCAGCCCCACUCAUUCUCCAGGCGACUGCAGACAGGCCUGGCUUGCAUCCGGAUGGCAGCUGUGGGAGACACCUGAGAGAGCCACACAGCUGAGCCUCUUCUCAGUCUUGAUCCCAAGAAACGUCGUUACUGCGUUUGAGAUGCUGCUAACGGGUGACCUGAGGAUCCGUCUCCCUCCGUUCUUGUUCUGACGGGGAAGGCCAUAUGCCAGUGUCAGCCCUGCCCGGAAAUGUGAUGCCCAAGACUGUUGAUGGGCAGAUAACCAUGGAGAAGACCCCGAGUUACUUUGUGACGAAUGAGGCUCCCAAGCGCAUUCACUCCAUGGCCAAAGACAUCAAACUCAUUGUGGUGGUGAGGAACCCCGUGACCAGGGCCAUUUCUGACUAUACGCAAACGCUGUCAAAGAAGCCCGAGAUCCCUACCUUCGAGGUGCUGGCUUUCAAAAACCGGACCCUGGGGCUGAUCGAUGCCUCUUGGAGCGCCAUCCGGAUUGGGAUCUAUGCCCUGCACCUGGAGAACUGGCUCCAGUACUUCCCUCUCUCACAGAUUCUCUUCGUCAGCGGCGAGCGACUCAUUGUGGACCCUGCCGGGGAAAUGGCCAAAGUACAGGAUUUUCUAGGCCUGAAGCGUGUGGUGACUGAGAAGCAUUUCUAUUUCAACAAAACCAAGGGAUUCCCUUGCCUCAAAAAGCCGGAAGACAGCAGUGCCCCUCGGUGCCUAGGGAAGAGCAAAGGUCGGACUCAUCCCCACAUAGACCCUGACGUCAUCCACAGACUGCGGAAAUUCUACAAACCCUUCAACAUGAUGUUUUACCAGAUGACUGGCCAAGAUUUCCAGUGGGAACAGGAAGAGGGUGACAAAUGAGGCUAGAGCUGUGGAGGGAAGGCUCAUGAAUAGCAAGGAGGCCCCUUACCCGAGUCCUAAAUUGCCCCAGUUCUGUAGCUUUGUUCUUGCAGGACUGCCAAGUAGAUCUCCUCUUUUGUGCAGUCGGGAUUGGCUCCAAAGCUAUUGGUUUGGGCAGAGGGGUGGAUCCCACAGCAUCCCCCAAGAAGAACUAGUCUUGAUGUCUCUGGUUGACCAGAUGGCCUCAGCACCCACCACUAACCUCUAGUUAGUAGAGCCCAAAGACAGAAUAGACAUUUGUCAAUGUCAGAGACAGUGAGUACACAAAUAUUUGUUUGAGUUGCAAAAGAGAAAGGCCUAACUUUAUGGGGCUCCUGUGUUAGUUGAGGAGCUUAGGUUCUAGACCUCUGUCUGGCCUUACUACCUGAUGUCUAAACUUCUGCUUUGGCUUCAA